AUGGCGGGGAAGCAGUUCCCCUCCCCGGCGCACUCGCGCCCCGCGUCAGCCUCCUCCCGCCGACUCCUCGCCGUCGGUGCCGCCUCCCUCAUACUCCUCACCGCUUCCUACUUCCUCCUCCUCUCCCCCUCCUCGCACCAACCCGCCCCAGCCAUCCUCGCGAGCCCUAGCGCCACCACAUCCUUCCUCGCCUCCCUCGACCGCUUCCUCCCCGACCCGCAUCCCUCUGCCUCCGCCUCCCCCGCCGCUCCCGGCGAACUUGACGCCGCGAUCCGGGUCCAGGAGGAGGCCCGUCUCUACGGGGACGACCCCGCGUGGCCCGCGCCGGCCGCGGGGCCGCUCAGGGUCUACGUCUACGAGAUGCCGAGCAAGUUCACGUACGAUCUGCUGAGGCUGUUCAGGGACUCCUACCGGGACACCGACAACCUCACGUCCAAUGGGAGCCCCGUGCACCGCCUCAUCGAGCAGCAUUCUAUUGACUACUGGCUGUGGGCGGAUCUCAUUGCACCUGAAUCACAAAGACUUUUGAAGAGUGUUAUUAGGGUUCAGCGGCAAGAAGAAGCUGACAUUUUCUAUGUGCCAUUCUUCACGACAAUCAGUUACUUCCUGCUGGAGAAACAAGAAUGCAAGGCACUUUAUAGGGAAGCUUUAAAGUGGGUGACAGAUCAGCCUGCUUGGCAACGUUCAGAAGGCAGAGAUCAUGUCAUUCCUGUUCAUCAUCCAUGGUCAUUUAAGUCAGUCCGGAGAUUUGUGAAGAAGGCAAUAUGGCUUCUACCUGAUAUGGACUCCACCGGGAACUGGUAUAAACCUGGACAGGUAUAUCUAGAAAAGGAUGUCAUCCUUCCAUAUGUUCCAAACGUUAAUCUUUGUGAUCAUAAGUGUGUAUUAGAAACUCAAUUCAAAAGAAGUAUAUUGCUGUUCUUUCGAGGAAGACUGAAGAGAAAUGCUGGAGGAAAGAUCCGCAGUAAACUUGUGGAGGAACUAAAAAGUGCAGAAGACAUAGUCAUAGAAGAAGGUUCUGCUGGAGCUCAGGGAAAAGCAGCAGCUCAGGAUGGCAUGCGCAAGUCUCUCUUUUGCUUGAGUCCGGCUGGGGAUACCCCAUCUUCUGCUCGCCUGUUUGAUGCAAUUGUUAGUGGUUGUAUUCCAGUUAUAAUAAGUGAUGAGCUGGAGCUUCCAUUUGAAGGAAUACUUGACUAUAGGGAGAUAGCAUUGUUUGUUUCAUCGAGUGAUGCUGUGCAACCUGGCUGGCUCGUGAAGUACCUAAGAGGAAUCGAUGCCAAAAGAAUAAGAGAAAUUCAGUCUAAUCUUGUGAAGUAUUCAAGACAUUUUCUGUAUUCAAGUCCUGCCCAGCCUCUUGGACCAGAAGACCUUACAUGGAGGAUGAUUGCUGGCAAGGUGGUAAAUAUCAAGUUGCAGAUUCGUCGUUCUCAACGUUUGGUCAGAGAGUCAAGGAGCGUAUGUACAUGUGAAUGCAGAGUUGGGAACACCACGAGGAUGCUUUGA